CAACAGGCUCUGCCAGAGUGGAACUGCUUCACUGCUUGGUUUGGAUCAUUUAGCUGAAUCAACAAGGGUUCAGCAACAGCUCUGGGACAGAUACAGCCGCACAUGUGGAAUCCUAGUCCUGGCUGGCAGUUCCCAAAGGGGUCCCUGUGCAGCUGAAUCCAGCUAUGAGUCCUCUCUUUCCCCCCAAGGGGGAUCACCUUCUGACUGCUCCAUUACAGGAGCAUUACAGGACACAAAACAAAAUGUGGGCCUGACUCUUGUUUUUUACCUCACUCAGUAGACCCUCAGGCCUCACAGUGUUGGGGGAAUACAGUCCAAAUUCAGGUCAGCAGAAACAGAUUAAUCUGAAAUACCUGACUUCACCAGUAAGCAGCCUGGAGGCAUCAUUGUAAGCUACUGGGCAAGAACCUCUGAGGUAUAGCUUGUAGCAUAUUAGAGUGAAUGUUUUAUCACAAGUAAAUCUGAAUAACGUGCUGCCAACAGCAUUGCUGGCAAGGUCAGUAUGCAGCUGGUAGUGGCAAUUUUCAAGUGAAAACCAAAAUGUGACGUGCUAUUUACUUCAGAGAAAUGAGUCUCACUUUUGGUAUUUAGCUGUUAAUGUUGUCUUUGAAAAGAGGCAAGUUGAUUUCUAUUUAUGGGAGAAAAGCUCCCAUGGGUAUCAGUGCAUCCUUAGGCCAUUUGUAACUAAGAGGAUUGUCUUUAAAGGUAGCCAGAAACUUGAGAGGUAUCUCAGGCUGUCCACACAGUCGAAUCUGCCCUGUACAAAUGAGUAUCUGAAAAAAAAGAAAUUAACUGUGAAAACAAAAUUGUACACACACAUCCACAGCAGCAAAAGAACUCACAGAUGGGAAGAGUUUGUGUUUAGAAUCUCAGGAGACAUGAUUUUUGCAAUAGCAUUUAUUCAUACCUAAAUACAUAGAAGUAGUUGAGAGUUUUAAUGACGUUUGUUGUAUUUAUCCCUGUCUUGCUCUGCUAUGGGAGGAAGGAAGGACAAUAUGUGCAUGCACAUGUGUAUACAGACAAAAUUCCUUGCAGCUGUGCAAUACAGUGUCUUUGUAUGUGAAGAAACACUGUUUGAAAAAAUAUCUGCAAGUUUAAAUGGGUGUGGAAGGAGAGAAGCGGAGAAGAGGAUCCCCAGUGGAGCCAGCUUAGAAGAGCAAAAUUUCCAAAAUUUCCAAUUCUCUACAGAGAUGGCUUUAGAGACAUGUGGAAGCUGUUUGAGUUGCCUGCUGAUACCUCUUGCACUUUGGAGUAUUGUUGUGAACAUCCUCCUGUACUUCCCGAAUGGGAAAGCUCUGCAUGCAGCCAGUUACCAGCUCCCCAGCUACGUGUGGUAUUUUGAAGGGAUCUGUUUCUCAGGUGUCAUGAUCCUUCUUUUGGCAGUAAUUCUGAUGACACUGGAGUGUAGCGUAUUCUAUCGGUGCUGCCAGAGUGAGAGCUGUAACAAAACCUACAGAAGUUUUAUUUCAAUUGUGCUAGCCCUGCUUGGAGUUGCUUUCUCAGGAUACAGUUGCAUCAUUUUUACCCUGGGUUUGAUUCAAGGCCCUUUCUGUAAUUCAUCAAGUGGAUGGGAUUAUAUUUUCAAAGACACUGCUGGGGGGUACCUCACAGAUUACCCUGCCUGGUCUCGAUGCACAGAACCUGCUAACAUAGUGGAGUGGAAUGUCAUUUUACUCUCCAUUCUCAUAGCUCUCAGUGGGCUGCAGCUGAUCAUCUGUUUUCUCAAAGUGGCUGCUGAGUUGAAGCGAACGCUCUGUGGGACCUAUUCUGUUUUUGUCCAGGCUGGGAUUCUCUGAAAAUGGGAAGGAAAUUGUCGCUGCUUCUCCCCCACCACCAGAAAAAGAGAGAUGGCCUGUCCAACAUCCGUGGUGGUAGAUUUGAGUGCUACAAAGACAAAUGAAACCUUUCUCUUCAAUCUUUGUCUCUCAAGCCUCUCUGUUUUGGAUGAAGUUGUUUGAACUGUUUGACAUCUACAUUUUAUUUUGCCUGUCUUCUUGUCCCUGGCAGGGACUCUUCAAUUUUUUAACCUCCAACUUGUUGUGACAAUAGGGAUGUUUGAAUACCAUGGAGCUACUUUUGUAUUGAAACCACAUUUCUUUUUUUUAAUAAACUGCUGUAGAACUGCUUUAAUACUCCCCUCUCAUUGCUUAGACCAUAUGAACAUUUGUGGUUCCGUAAGGGCCUGAUUCAAAGCCCAGUAUAUCAGGAGGGGUUGUUAGUGCACUGCAUGAAACCAUGAUUUCCUAAAUGACUGAAUUUUAGUUACAGAGAGACCAUGAUGGCCAUGGAGGGCAGAGCUUACCCUGCUCCUUCCAUCUUGGAAGUUCUUAACUGCAGAAAGCAAUUACUGAAAAAAAUCUAUGAAGUCUUCCUGCAGCAAGAAAGUUAGCCAAGUCUGAUUGACAGAUUAAAUACACAGCUCUGAAGUCAGCUGUGCUAUUGGUACAUGUUAGUAGCUGCACAGGGUUUCUUUUCACUUUAUACUCAGAGGCAAAGGUUUUUUUCAUUUUAGUCAAGUAUGGUGUGACUUGAUGGAGCAUAUGAGGAAAACUUGUGAGGACCCAGUGCUUGCUUAUUAAUGCUCUUCUAAGUGACCUGAUGCCCUGACCUUGCUACAAGGGAAGGCUAAAGUUCCUGACAGUGAUGAUCAGAUGAAAAAGAAUAAUCUGUAUUAAAUUAGCAGCUAAAAGGUACUUUUACUUUCUCAGAGAAUUAUUAUUUCAUUCCCAGUGAAAAUUCAGGGAUUCACAAUGAAGUGGACAUCUGGCUCAUUUGCAGGUGCAUGAGCAAGAUUUGGCUGUAUUCAGCACUCUGAUUGUGAGAGAAUGAACACCCAGUGGAAAGAGAAAUAUGGACUUCAGACUUGCAGUAAUGCACAUACCCCAAUUACAUCAGAACUAGUGGGAUUCAGGUAUAUCAACGUCUAAUAUGAAACACUCUUAGAAAGCAAAUCAUACAAUAAGUGUCAGCUUUGGGUAAGUUAUUUAUAAAAAUAUAGAAUAUAUCAGUCAUUUAAUUCAGUUUAAGACAAUAUUAAGAUUUUGCCUUCAUAUUCCUUUAUCAGGUUGUUUUGAAAAGCUGAUUUCUUCCUGUAGGAUUUGAUUUUAAUUGCUUAGUUUCUAUUAAGUUGCAAGAAGUAAUAAAAUAAUUAAUGAUGUUUAAGAAUGGAGCUAGUUUUUUGGGAGAUGGUUUGAGGUGGCAUAGCUGGUCAGAGGUGCAUGAUAAAAAUACAUUAUUAUAAAACGA